CUUAUCUGAUCCCACCUCUUCGUAUAUCCGGCAGUUAGGUGUGCUACGUUGAAUCCAGCACGACACUCUUUACGCAUUCAAAAACGAACUCUGGCCUCUGAAAUUGAGCAAUGCGCUCUCAAAACGACAAUAUUUUAUGCUGUAACUAUAACCAGGACUGCAGUUUACUUGCUGUUGGAACGCGUGAAGGAUACAAAAUCUAUAAUUGCGAUCCUUUCGGAAAAUGUUUUCAAAAAGCCCAGGAAGCAACGACGAUUAUUGAGAUGUUGUUCAACACGUCUCUUGUAGCAUUGGUGAAACAGACACCAGAAAGCAAUAGCAGGAAACUGGAAAUUAUGAACACCAAGAGAAGUACAACUAUCUGUGAAUUAACUUUUCCGACAAAGCUUCUCGCCGUGAAGCUAAAUCGAAAACGCCUUGUUGCCGUGCUGGAGGAACAAAUUUACGUUUAUGACAUUAGCAACAUGAUGCUGCUCUACACCAUCGAGACUUGCAAUAAUGCUUUUGGCGUGUGUGCUUUGUCUGCUGAUUCAGAGAACUGCUACCUUGUAUAUCCGGACAUGAACAAGGAGACUGCAACGCACGAGGGAUCGAACGGUGGGUCUUCCGUCGGUGUCGUUGGCUCAGACGUUUCAGGACGCGUUGUUCUGUGGGAUGCCAUCAAGUGUCAGCCUGUUCGUGUUAUUGAGGCUCAUAAAAACGCUCUGAGUCUCCUGAAGUUCAACGCAACUGGCACUAUGUUGGCAACCGUUUCUGAAGACGGACGCAUCAUUCGUAUCUUUGCGAUUCCCUCCGGUGAGCGUUUGUUUCAGUUCCGGCGUGGGACCUUACCAAAUCAAAUCCACUCCAUAGCUUUCGAUCCCAAGUCACACUUUCUCGCUGUCACUUCUGACUCACAAACGAUGCAUGUAUACCGUUUGGAUGCGCCUGAACCGAGUCCAUCUAAGCACAGUCUUUUACGACGCGGUUCCAAAUCACUAGUGAAUGCCGUCGGUGGAUAUCUCCCGCAGUCGUUUACCGGUGUCUGGGAUCCUCGGCGGCAUUUUGCUUUUGCACACAUUCCCGGGCCUAGAGUUCGCACUGCUGUGGCUUUCUCUGCCGAUGGACUGUAUGUGAAUGUUGCUACUCUAGCUGGUAGCUUGCUUGUAUUUCGUCUUCCCCUACCUGAGGGUGGUGAAUGUCCGCUCGUUAAUCACUUUUCCAUCGGUAAUGUUCCAGUGUAACUCAUUUACGUGUCUUUCUCUAUUGAAACACCAUUUUGUUAUGAACUCCCGUUUUGACUUUUACUGCAUGAACAAAAAGAUGUACUUUAAACUUUCUAGUUUUGCAUAUUGGCACCAAUUAUGUCCGUAGCAUCUUUCUA